GACUAAAUAAACUUGAUAUUGAAAUAUGACAAACAAAAAGUUCAAAACAAACAAGGAGUAGAGGGGUCAGGUGCUUAUAGUGAGGAAGCUGGCAAAAAAGUUGGUGACAACUUUUUCUUGACCGUACACACAGCAAACGUGCACUGUGUGUCUUCUUCCCCAAUCCUUUGUGUGUAUGUAAUGUAUACAUGAAUCACCUAGCUCUUUGUUUCCUAAUUCCUACUGGGUCUCACUUUUACUUUUUUUGAAUAUUUUUCAGUUUCGUUUGGACAGUCGAAAACAAGACAGAUUUUCUUGUCUGAGAGUUUUGUUCGAAAAUGAAGCUUCGUUGGUUCGCAAACGAUGACAUGCCGAUCAACAUACUAAGCCGAUUGCCCGCCAAGACACUGCACUGUAUAAAGUACGUUUCGAAAGAGUGGCUUAAUCUGAUCUCCGACCGCUCAUUCGUCAAAUUGCAGAUUAAAAAAAAGGAACCCCUUUCCGGGUUUUUCUUCCAAGAAAUAUUCCAAUGGGCAAACAAUGAAUCCAUCAACUCCGUUAGCUACAUUCCCGUCGGAUCCGAUAACAUCAAUGUGUGGCCCACCGUUCUCGAUUUCCUCCCCGAAAAUGUUGUCCUUUCGUCACUAAACAACGGUCUCUUGUGUUGUAGAAGUUGUCUCCCUUCAUCCAAUCCUAGUAUUUAUGUUUGCAACCCGUUGAACAAGCAAUGGAUGAGCGUCGAAUGGCCUGAAUAUCUUCCACAAGAAAGCAAUGUCGCCAUAGUUUUCGACCCGUUUGAGAACCCUAUUGAUGUUUCAACACACUUCAAACUCGUGGCGGUUUGUAAUACCGAAAUUGGAGAAGACGAGUAUUGCUUCUCGUUCGACGUUUAUUCUUCAAAAACGGGUUUGUGGGCAAGAUCGAAAGAGCGUUGUAUGUGCAACCACAACCUCGUAAAAAACAAAGGGGUUCUUGUCGAAGGAGGGGUUUUGUAUUGGCUGACAGACGGAUACCAAAUUCUUAUGUACGAUACACAAAACGAGCUUUCUUGGUUGGUUGACUUGCCUAUUCCAUCUACGCAGUUCACUAGUGUACCCGAAAUGUGUAUAGGAGAAUCGAGAGGGGAGCUUUGCUAUGUGAUUGUAUCGGAAGAUGGUCUUCAAAUGUGGGUUCUUGAAGAUCGAUUCGCGCCUCAAUGGGAGUUGAAGAUUUUUAUGCCGUUGGAUGAAUUGGAGGAAGAGAAUCCGAAAGUGCUGUACGGAAUAUCGGAGAAAGUGAGGAGUAGAUUAUGCAGAGACGAGCUUGCAUGGAUGGAUCCUCUUGCGUUCAAAGACGGGAAGGUGCUUUUUCGGGUUUCGGCGAAUGUCUACUUGUACGAGUUCGAUAUUCGGAGGAUGAAGAAAUUGUGUGAUGUUUCGACUUUGGGUCCGAAAUCUAUGUAUUCUCCUAUCGUGUUGCCGUAUAGCAUGAGCUUGGUUUCGAUUGGUCGAGAGUAGAUCGAAUCUGUUUCUUAUCUUUUGUUUGCUUUACUUUUUAGUUGUCGUUCGAAUGAUCUUUAGUUGUAACUACGGAAAAAAAAAAAGAUUGAUGCAAUCCAUUGCAGUUUAUGUAAUGAAUUUCAAGUUUUAGUUUUGAAGAGAUA